GCCUCCCAAGCCCGCUCCCAGCUUCCAGCAUGACGGUUAUGUCUGGAGAGAACGCGGACGAGGCCUCGGCCGCCCCGGGCCACCCGGCUGAGGGCAGCUAUCCGCGGCCGGACGAGCACGACGAGCACGAGUGUUGCGAGCGCGUGGUGAUCAACAUCUCUGGGUUGCGCUUUGAGACGCAGCUCAAGACCCUGGCGCAAUUCCCCAAUACGCUCCUGGGCAACCCCAAGAAGCGCAUGCGUUACUUCGACCCCUUGCGCAAUGAGUACUUUUUUGACCGUAACCGGCCCAGCUUCGACGCCAUCCUGUACUACUACCAGUCCGGGGGCCGUCUGCGCAGGCCCGUCAACGUGCCCCUGGACAUGUUCUCCGAGGAGAUCAAGUUUUACGAGCUGGGCGAGGAGGCAAUGGAGAAGUUCCGAGAGGACGAGGGCUUCAUUAAAGAGGAGGAGCGCCCCUUGCCGGAGAAGGAAUACCAGCGCCAGGUGUGGCUGCUUUUCGAGUACCCCGAGAGCUCGGGUCCGGCGCGGGUCAUCGCCAUUGUCUCGGUCAUGGUCAUCCUCAUUUCCAUCGUCAUCUUCUGCCUGGAGACCUUGCCCGAGCUGAAGGACGACAAGGACUUCACGGGUACCUUCCACCGGGUUGACAACACCACGGUGGUCUACAGCUCCGGCAUCUUCACCGACCCCUUCUUCAUCGUCGAGACGCUUUGUAUCAUCUGGUUCUCCUUCGAGCUGGUGGUGCGCUUCUUCGCCUGCCCCAGCAAGACGGACUUCUUCAAGAACAUCAUGAAUUUCAUCGACAUUGUGGCCAUCAUCCCUUACUUCAUCACGCUGGGCACCGAGAUAGCCGAGCAGGAGGGCAACCAGAAAGGGGAGCAGGCCACGUCGCUGGCCAUCCUCAGGGUGAUCCGUUUGGUCAGGGUUUUUAGGAUCUUCAAGCUCUCCCGCCAUUCCAAGGGUCUCCAGAUCCUGGGCCAGACCCUCAAGGCUAGUAUGAGGGAACUAGGGCUGCUCAUUUUCUUCCUCUUCAUUGGGGUCAUCCUGUUCUCUAGCGCAGUGUACUUUGCCGAGGCGGAAGAAGCUGAGUCGCACUUCUCCAGUAUCCCCGAUGCUUUUUGGUGGGCGGUGGUGUCCAUGACCACCGUGGGAUACGGUGACAUGUACCCUGUGACAAUUGGAGGCAAGAUCGUGGGCUCCUUGUGUGCCAUCGCUGGUGUGCUGACAAUUGCCCUGCCCGUACCUGUCAUUGUGUCCAAUUUCAACUAUUUCUACCACCGAGAAACUGAGGGGGAGGAGCAAGCUCAGCUGCUCCACGUCAGCGCCCCGAAUUUAGCCUCUGACAGCGACCUCAGUCGUCGCAGUUCCUCCACGGUGAGCAAGUCCGAGUAUAUGGAGAUUGAGGAGGAUCUGAAUAAUAGCAUAGCCCACUUUAGACAGCCCAACAUCAGAACUGGGAACUGCACCGCAGCUAGCCAGAACUGCGUGCGUAAGAGCAAGCUGCUGACCGAUGUUUAAA